CAUCAUGACAUGGUGCUUUUACAUCGGAAAAAACAUUGAACACUUUCUGGAAAAAAGUAGUUUUCACUUCCGGGCCGGAAUCGACUGCUCUGUUGCUGUCGUCUUUCUGCUCUCUUCUCCCCCCAGUUCGUGAAGCACAUUAGGACAAAGUUUGCUUUUAUCCACGACGACACUGCAGCAUUUGACUGCAAAAAAAGCCGUCAUGGUGUUUAAAUUCACUGUCAGCAGCGCCUGGAGGGCAACGAGGACGCUGUGGCUUCUCAUGCUAGUCACUGUGUCUGUGAGCAUCUGUGUUUGCCGAGCAGCAUCUUCUCUGGAGGAGGACAGUGCCAUGGAGAACAUCGUCACAGAGAAAAGGGCUGAGGAGAGCCACAGGCAGGACACCGCGGACCUGCUCAUCUUCAUCAUGCUCCUCACCCUCACCAUCCUCACCAUCUGGCUGUUCAAGCACAGGCGCUUCAGGUUUCUGCAUGAAACUGGACUGGCCAUGAUUUACGGUGUACUUGUUGGCGCGGUGUUGCGCUAUGGUAUCCAUGUUCCUCGGGACAUUAGCAACGUCACGAUGAGCUGCCACGUUAACGCCAGCCCCGCCACCCUGCUGGUCAACGUCAGUGGCAAAUUCUACGAGUACACUCUGAAAGGAGAGAUCGGUGCCAACGAGGUCAACGACAUACAAGAUAAUGAGAUGCUGAGGAAGGUGACCUUUGACCCUGAAGUUUUCUUCAAUAUCCUCCUACCUCCGAUCAUCUUCCAUGCAGGCUACAGCUUGAAAAGGAGACACUUUUUCCUUAAUAUGGGAUCCAUCCUGGCCUACGCCUUCAUGGGAACAGUUGUUUCCUGUUUUAUUAUUGGGCUGCUGAUGUAUGGCUGUGUGUUGCUGAUGAAGCAGGUGGGACAGCUGGGUGGAGACUUCUUCUUCACCGAUUGUCUUUUCUUCGGAGCCAUUCUCUCAGCCACAGACCCCGUGACGGUCCUGGCUAUCUUCAACGAGCUGCAGGUGGACGUGGACCUCUACGCUCUGCUGUUCGGAGAGAGCGUACUGAACGAUGCGGUUGCCGUGGUUCUGUCCUCGUCUAUAGUAGCGUACCAGCCACAAGGGGACAACAGCCACACGUUCGAGGUCAUGGCGCUGCUGAAGUCUUUCGGGAUGUUCAUCGGGGUUUUCAGCGGCUCCUUCGCACUCGGAGUGGCCACCGGAGUCGUCACUGCUCUCGUCACUAAGUUCACUAAACUGAGGGAUUUCCCGCUGUUGGAGACGGCUCUCUUCUUCCUCAUGUCCUGGAGCACGUUCCUGCUCGCUGAGGCCUGUGGCUUCACAGGUGUGGUCGCGGUGUUGUUCUGUGGCAUCACUCAGGCUCACUACACCUUCAACAACCUGUCUCCUGACUCCCAGGACAGAACCAAACAGCUGUUUGAGCUGCUGAAUUUCCUGGCAGAGAACUUCAUUUUCUCCUACAUGGGCCUGGCCCUCUUCACCUUCCAGAGCCACGUCUUCAAUCCCAUGUUCAUCGUGGGAGCUUUUGUGGCUGUGUUCAUUGGAAGAGCUGCAAACAUCUACCCUCUGUCGCUGCUUCUGAAUCUGGGCCGACGCAACAAGAUCAGAUCCAACUUCCAGCACAUGAUGAUGUUCGCAGGACUCCGAGGCGCGAUGACCUUCGCUCUGUCCAUCAGGGACACGGCCACAUACGCCCGUCAGAUGAUGUUCACCACCACUCUGCUGGUGGUCUUCUUCACUGUUUGGGUUUGUGGAGGGGGCACCACCCAGAUGCUGUCCUGCCAGCACAUACGAGUGGGAGUGGACUCUGAUCUAGAUAACUCAUCGAGUAUCACUGACGGCUCAGAGAGAAGAAGCACCAAACAAGAAAGUGCCUGGCUCUUCAGAAAGUGGUACAACUUUGACCACAACUACGUGAAGCCCAUCCUGACUCACAGCGGCCCCCCCCUCACGGCCACGCUGCCCCCCUGCUGCGGACCCCUCGCCCGCUUCCUCACCAGCCCUCAGGCCUAUGAGAAUGAAUGCCAGUUGAAGGACGACGACUCCGACCUCAUCCUGACAGACGGUGACCUCAACCUGGCCUACGGUGACAUCACGGUCAGCACGGACGCGUCAGGGUCCCACACCAGUGGAGCUCCAGCCUUUGCGGGCGCUUCCACCUCGGAGGACUUGGACAGAGAGCUGACGUACGGAGACCACGAGCUGGUGAUGAGGGGCACGCGCCUGGUGCUGCCCAUGGACGACUCUGAGCCGCCCUUCACAGACCCCCACCACCGCUUACGGAUGUGAAGACCGGCUCUCAGAGCAGACCCAGACAAACCGUCCGCCUCACACUUACCCGAGCCAUUGAGCAAAGACCAGUACCUGACACUCCUCCUCUUCCUCCUGCCUCAUUCCUCUUCUUACCACACUUUUUCUUCCCUGUUUCAUUUUCUCACUUCCUCUAGUGACAAAUCAAUGUCCCUACCUCAUUUUCGCUCUGCUCUUCUCACACCUCUCUGGCAUCUGCCAUAAUUGUAAUAUAGACUUAUUUAUUUGCAAUUCUUUCUUUUGAUAUUCAAUUAUCUUAGUUUGGCUUAAAGCGGUGUGUCGGUCACCUUACUGUAGCAUUGCAGAGGUCUAGCAGCAUGUGUUAGUGUGUAAAUGCAAGUACCAACCACUAGCUUAUUUGUGGAUGUACAGUAUAUCACCAGAGUACUAUAACUUUGAUAUGCAUGCUGAGGAUGCUUGUUUUUUUUUUUCUUCGUAUGGGAGGCUGAGGGCUUUCUGUGAAUUGGGACUGACCUUGAAUGUUGCUGACCCAGUGGACGACUUUACUGUAAGUUUUGUUACAAUCAAGUGCCUGGGAAUUGUAGUUUUAAGCCUGACAACCCAUGAUCAGCUCUUGUAAGCAGAGCCAGUUCAGGAUGGGCGGUAGUUUUCCUUUGUAAAAAAAGAAAAGAAAAUACAAAAACUAUCCAGACAUCUCCGUCCAUAAGGUAGCAAUAUACUCAGUGAGUGUUUGGGCUGUCAGUUUGUGCUAUUGGCCUGUAAAUAGUCUGUAACAAUGUGAUGCCACUGAUGCAGUGUAACCUGGCAGUGAAAGUUGUUGAUCUCUCCCAAUGACCUUUGACUGUGACAUAGAGAGGGACUUUACACCUUAUUUUAGAAGCUGAUGUCGCUCACAGCAGAUUGAAGGGCUGUUGUUCCGAGAUCUAAAUUAAAAGAGAACGAUUUGUGCCAUUUCUGUCCUGCAUUUGGACAUUUUGUGAAAACAGAACGCAGACGACCUUUGUAUUAUUUCUGCAACAGAGCUUAAUUAUUUUAAGCCGAGUCACAUUUUUCAUAAACAUUUAACUUUGUGCAUACAUUUUCUAUUUCAAUCGUACAUUAAUUUAAGACUUUGGAUGAACAUUUUCUGAUUAGAAGAAGUUGAAAAAACAUAGAGAUCAACCGGACUCUUAAGGAAACUGUUAUUGGUUAGUCAUUUUUUACCAACAAUAAGAACGUAGUACCAUGUUACUUGUAAGCACACUAACUCACAAUUUUAUGAAUACGAUUAAGCUUGAUUUUGUUUUUCAUAUCAACAACCCAUAGAUAUUCACUUUAUACUCAUGGAAAACGAAGAAAAAUAAGCAAAUGUUUAGAUUUGAGAAGCUGGACGCAGUGAAUGUGAGGCAUUUUUGCUUAACAAAUGUAAUUAUUAUCAAAGAAAAUUGUUUGUCAAUCGACUAAACAAUAGAGAUAAGAUUAAUGAGGACCAUAAAGUCUGUGAAGAAGACGGAAAAGUCUUCCUGAUUAUUAUUUGAAUCAAUGUAUUUCUGAUAUUAAGCUUGACGCUGCGACAGUUCAUCAUUAUGAGAAGAAUAGUUGAUGUGCUGGAUGUUUCUCUCUGCUGUACACAAUUGUGAUCUCGAGGGGUUAAUGAUUGUCGGUCAGCUGUUACUGCGGGUCUUACAGGAAGUGUUGAUAGGGUGUCACCGUGGCAACGCUGUAUUGAUGUUAACUGAAGCCAAAAAACAGUUUGAACGUGUUGACUUAUUUUAACACUACCGUUUUGUGGUCUAUCGUCUUGGUGAGCUGAAUAAACAAAUGUUGGUGUUUGCAAAAUGGAAGCCCGAGAAGAUUAAAGGGUUUCUUAAAA